CCAAGAAGGAGUGGUGUGUUUCAGUGGGCUGAAAACUGGGGGCGGGAGAGAUCAUAAAAGGGUCCUGAUCAAACCCCAGUCAGGAGAAUCUUCUGGAAGGAGCUCAAACAUCCAGCUUUGUUACUGCUUCUCAUUUAAAGAGUCCCUAUCUGCUCAAGCCAUGAAGUUCAGCGUGCUCUUCUGCAUCCUGCUCUUUACCUGCCUGUACCUCACGCUGGCACAAGGUUCAUACGAGAACUGCUGCCUCAAGUAUGUAAAAAGUAUCAGAAAGGCGACGAGGAGACAUGUGGUGGAGUAUAGGAGGCAGGAAACAGACGGCGGCUGCAACCUCCCGGCUAUCGUGUUCAAAGUGAACUACAAGGGGAAAUGGAAACAAAUCUGUGCUGAUCCCAAUAAGGAUUGGGUAAAAUCACUGAUUGAGACCAUUGACAAGUCAAUUAGACAAGCUAAAUACUGAUACACUGUAAUUGCCAUUACAGUAACUUCUACUUUGUAAGAGCUGAACACCAACCCGUCAUGCAUGUAACCUUGCAGCUACAUAUAAGCUUGUUUCAGCGUUCCAUGGAGUCCCUAGACACCAUUAGGCUCUCAUUUUCAGGAAUUUAUAUAGAAGGUCAUUUCCUCCAAGGUUACAAAAAGCUUGUGUCUCUACUCAUUCUGAUCAUAACUAGUUUGGUUCGAUAGCGGGACUUUCCCCGUGAUGCUUUGCUGUAAGAGCGCUGUUCUUAAUUGGAUAAACAGUGUUUUCUUUUAUUGCACCAUACUAGCAUGGAAAUGUGCAUCUGGAGAAGUCAGUAUAACCAUUCAUACUACUCAGUAUGUAUCGUGUAUAAGCGUCAGCACACCCUGCCGGCUAGUCAGAGCUCAUGCAGGUGUACCAGCACCUGAGGAGUGUCUCUGAGCAGAGGAGCCAGCGAAUGGGCACAAAUGGGGCUGUGACCAGUGGUUAGAUGCUUUUGUAGAUAAUGACAGCAUGUUAGAUUCUUAGGAAACCACAGUAAAAUUCAGUCAAGAAUGGCAUACAGUAGCGUGCAAAAGUUUUAGGCCAUCAAAGAAAAUAUUUAAAGGUAUUUAUCUAUACUCUUUGUGUUUGUGCUUAGAAAAAAAAACACAAAUUCUUCUGUUCCCUAAAAAGGUUACUGGUGUCUUGUUGAUGGAUAGAACACGGCUUCAGCUCCGGACCCCCCCUGUAGGGGGCUGCAGCUAUUCCAUGUGGUUAAAUUUUACCAUCAGCUCCCUUAAUUAAUUAGCUUAAAUGGUUAAAUGAUGAGGUAUUGAUUAGUCAAACAUAGUAUGCUAACAAAUAGAUGGGUGUAUUGGAUGGUUACCUUGAAAUGGCUAAGCUAGCACACUGUAACAGAAUUAGUAUCACUGUUUUACUCCAAUAUGACCAACGUUUAAUCAUAAUUUGACUGCAUAAGACUUUUGCACAGUACUGUACAUAUCCUUCAUAAAUGACGUAAUGGACUUUAAAUGAAUAUAUCAUAAAACAUUGCUUUGAAAACGUAUCAAUGUUCUACCUGCCCUGGUUAAAUCCUGUAUCGUUUUCCUCAUCAUGUACAUUGUUUAAAUUCGGCGACGCACAGUGGACACAAAGGAUCCCUGCAUUUACUUUCUUACAGAUACCGCAACAGAGACAAAAAUAACAUGUUUCUCCCAGAAUUGAGUGCCGUUGUCCUCGCUGCUCACUUGAAAUAUGUUAAUUAUUUUUUAUCAAUUUUUAAUCAUAUGUGAACAUUUUCAGCUUUUUAUGCAUUCAUCAUGUUUCAGGUAAACAACUGUCAGAAAAAACACCAAAGGGAUUAGUGCGUCCGUUACUUUGUGGUUUCCUUGAGUUUAUAAUUACAGUAAUUUUAUAUUAUGUAUAAAUCAAAUAUGUGCCACUGCAUUUUUGUAAGCUAACCUGUAACAUUGAAAAAGACAGUGAAUGUGAUGUUUUUAGAGAACAGGUUCUAUACUUACUGCAUAUACAGUAUAUAUACACUUCUUGAUCGAUGUGGUAUCAGAGACAUAUAAGAUCAAAGAACUCAAGGUGUCUUAAAGAGGCUCAGGCAGCGCCGACUGUGAAUGGAGUUGUAGUAAUUGCUGAGUCUGAGCCAGUGCUCUGGAUUGUCUGUGUCCUUCUUUUGUUUUGUAUUCUUUAUGUACCUUGGAUCUUUAAGCAAUCGUUGUCCUAUAGACAUAAUAAAACUGAUUUCUUCUUUUUGCA